AUGCUCAAAAAGCCCUGUGCCGAUGUGCAGCUUUUCACAGACUCGCAACAAAGUUAUGGCAUUCAUGAUCGGAUUGAAGGCAUGAUAUCGUUCAUUCCCCGGCAUUCAAUUGCUCCGGAUCAAUUAAGCCUGACAUUUGAAGGCACAACCACCGUGUCCAUGGAUACCAACGAAACCAACAUCCCUCUCCCCCCAUCAGCAGCAUCGCAAACCUUUCUCCGUAUGCAACAACCACUGACCGAGUUACCAUUUUGGAAGUCUGCAAAGCUAGAAAUCGGAUCAUCGUAUCUCUUGCCAUUCGAGUUUAUCGUGCCAGCCGAAAUCCCCCAUAAUGUCUGUCGACAUUCACAUCGUCACGAGCAGGUUCAUUGGGAACAUUGUCAACUUGCGCCAAGUAUGGGCCAACAGUCAAUCCGGCAGCUCAAGGACCAGUCCGUGGAUGGUAUGGCACCAGAGGGUAUUGAUAUCAUGUAUUCAAUAUGUCUUCGGGUGUUCGAAAGCUGUCACAAGACUGGUGCUAUCAGAACAAUCGCGGAAUGGACGCGCCCAGUACAUAUCCGCCCGUCACGAAAGGAACGAGCACCGCUACUUAUUCCACAAGAUAGUCGAUAUUACUGUUUGGGCAAAGAAAAGAAGGUUAUUGGGGGAUGGUGUCCACGGGCAUUAGGGACAUUAUCAGUCAAGGCAGCACAACCGGCUGCCAUUCAGUGGCACCCAUCAUCCGGCAUCCCUGCUACAAAAAUUACAGCAAACCUGCAAUAUACUACCACGGCACAAUCACCACCACCAGAAUUACAGUCCAUCCAUCCUCGGCUCGAUAUUCUUACCUUUUUUUCCCUGGAACCAUGGCCCGAUUUCCCGGAUUUGAUAGAUUCGUCGAUAUGUCCAUACCACAAUGGAUUAAACGUGCGGACAGUGUCUUUGCAGCCAUGUCAAUUGGGUCCAUUAGAAUGGCAGACAUUCAAUUCGAAGGAGUCGACUACCUAUACGGCAUCUGUUCAGGUACCUGUUAUCUUCCCGAAUGAGAUGGCGUAUAUUCCGACAUUCGUCUCGUGUCUUGUUGCACGAACAUAUUCGGUGAAGUUAUCGUUUUUAUAUCGCGUCGAGGGUCAAUGGAGCAGGACAUCCAAGACCACAGUGAUAGUACCGGUGCAAAUAUGUUGAUAGAAUACUAUUGAUUCCUAGAUAAAUAGACGUGAUACAAACCAGGGUUAUUCGGACAAGGAUAUUCAAACAAGAAUGUGUCAUGUGAUUCCUUGGGCGAUUUUCCAACAGCAAUCAAGCGCUUGAUGGGACCGUUGAUCCGUCGAACUCGUUUUGAACCGUCCUUAUUCAAAUCUUUCAUUUAUCGAUGUCAAGGAAUGUAUCGACUAAGGGCUUUGUGAGUAUUUUAACCACUGUUACAGAAAUACUCAAUUAAACCGUAGCAGGGACUUCAAUAUCGCAUCUCGGAACAUUUAUCGCAAAGCGUGAGCUUCCUCGGAUAUCGGACAAGCGCCCGGAUAGGCAACCGACGCUUAUCAAGAAAGAAUCGAGGAAUAAGCCUAUCUUCUGAAUCAACAAUAAGACUUAUGCAGAUAUUGGACUCUCAUCCAA